AUGGCUCCUACAAUCACUUCUACAGCAGACCAUUCAAGGAAGCAGGCAAAUCUGCCACAUAAGAUAAGAAAACCAGUUGUUGAGAAGAUGCGCAGGGAUCGCAUCAACAAAAGUAUAGAGGAACUCAAAGAUCUCCUGGGUCCACAGCUCCUCAACCAGCAACCUGACUCCAAGCUGGAGAAAGCCGACAUCCUGGAGAUGACCGUUUGCCUCCUGAGACAACAGCUUCAGGUUAAGACUCUGCAGCAUGUUGAUGCUGUUCACCAGGGCUUCUCCAGGUGUGCUCAAGAGGUUGUUUACUUCCUGUCCAAGAACUCUGGGAAAACACAGUCCUAUGGAAGGUUGUUGACCCAGUUCAAGACCCUACGACCAUCCAGUGAUGACCACCAGAAGGAAAGCGACCAGUGUCAGUUGGACUCUUCUGUCCAGCAUGUCCAGGGUAAAGACAAGAUUCCAACCAAGAGCUCCCCCUGGAGGCCCUGGUAG